GGCUGAGAUGUUUUCCUCUUCUUCCACUGGAGUGAAAGUUACUGCGUCUGUCGUUCGUCAUGACGGUCUUGCAUCGAUGAAGGGGUUUUACACAGAGAAUUAAGGGAAAGCUGCACUUUAGAUUGGUGUAAAUAUGGCUCAUCGUUCCCAGUGCUCCUCUGCCGGGGACAAUCCCCUGGACCCCAACUACCUGCCCCCUCAUUACCGUGAGGAAUACCGAUUGGCGAUUGAUGCCCUGGUUGAAGCUGACUUGGAGGGCUACUGUGGGUUUCUUCAGGAAGCAGAUGUAGUUGAUUUCUUAUCCCGUUCAGAGAUUGAGUAUAUCAAACACAUGGUGCAGGCUCCGCAUCGCACCGCCCAACCAGAGAGGAGAUACAUGGCUGAAGAUGUAGAUGGCUCUUCUGACACUUACUGGCCGGUACAUUCAGACCAUGAUGCUCCGAGCCUUGACUUAGGCUGGCCACAGCAAUACAGAUUUGUUGGACCCACUGAGGUCACUACAUUGGUGAACCCGUCUGACCCCGAGAUGCCCAGUAUCAAGGAGCAAGUCCGCAGAAUGAUCAAGAAUGCACAACAAGUUAUUGCUGUGGUGAUGGAUAUGUUUACAGAUGUUGACAUCUUUGCUGAUAUCCUUGGUGCAGCGACACGUGGUGUGGCUGUUUAUGUUCUUCUUGAUGAACUGAAUGCUCACCAUUUUGUUGGGAUGGUGAACAACUGUAGGGUGAAUCUGGAUGAAAUAAAAUUCAUGCGGGUAAGAACCGUGUCCGGUAGUACCUAUUACUGCAGAACAGGAAAGACCUUCAAAGGUCAGAUGAUGGAUCGCUUUAUUCUGGUAGACUGCAGAGCUGUUUUAAGUGGUAACUAUAGCUUCAUGUGGUCUUUUGAGAAGAUACAUCGCUGUCUUGCUCAUCUAUUUCUGGGACAGCUUGUAACCACCUUUGAUGAAGAGUUUCGGAUUCUCUUUGCCCAUUCAGAGCCACUGUUUGUUGAAAAUGUUUUGGCAAAUAUGCCACACUAUGGUGGUGAACCUGAAAGCGACUACAACACAGAAAAGGCCCACAUGUUUAACAGACAAUAUCCAACUAUGGACAUGGAAUGGGCUGGACGUACUACAGAAGAUCAUAUGAAAUUGGGUUACAAAAUGUUACCCUUUAGGAGUGAAUCCAUCCACAGUGCACCAGAAGCAAAUCCCUCAGUUCAGAGGCACAUGAACCUGCAUGCUGCCCAGCAAUAUAGAGGGGACCAUCAAUUUAUAGAGCAUGGAAGGCAAAUGAGUGGACCAAAUGAAAUGGUUGGCUUCAAAAGACAUAGCUACGGAAAUAUACCUGAUUAUGAAUACAUGCCUCCUCAAAACCAUCCAACAAUGAGAGGAAACCAGUACAUGGAGGGAGCAAUGCCGCAGGGCGGCCACUUUGCAAGGGAACCACAUAUUUACCAGGGAGCUGGAUUACAAUCUGGUUAUGACAUGUAUGGAAGGUUUAGAGGCCAAGGCCAACACAUCGAUCAGUUUUCAGGGCCUGUCUACCCUCAUGAGGGAGAUGAGGCUGAACCACCUGGAGCUUAUGACCAUAUUCAAAGAUACCUGCAGUCUCAACCUGCUAUGGAGGAAGGACAUGGUCCAAGAAAUGUAUUACCACAUAUGCAGUCCAAUCUCAAGAGACAUAGCAUGGGACAGUCUUAUACAUGUCAGACCUCCCCAACACAACCAAACCCGCCAGAACAGAAACGUUUCCUCAAUGUAAACCGCAAACCACAGGAUGGGAGUCAAAAGCAAGGCCUGCGGGACUGGAGGAUCAGCUCAUACCUCAGUGCAAAUGAUGAUGCAGGAGAGCUGGAUUUAGCUGAACUUGAAGGAUCCACUGCAUGUGAUGACAUUCCAUGUUUUACGCAGGAAGCUCCUUGUGGCCCCGUACGUGCUGAAAUUAGACCAGGAAAUAGAGAGUUUAACAGGAUACCUUCACCUAGAGAAAAUCACACGUUUGUCCAAAUUCAAAAUGAUUCUAUUGUGCCUGACAGUUUAGCUAAUCCUCCAUCUGAUUUAUCACAAAUAAAUAUCAAAACAACACCAGCAUCAACUUCAGAGUCUUCUUGCACCACUGAGGGUGACAAAGCGGAGGAGACGCAGAAUAGAGAAACUAAAGAGACUAACCAGAUAAGUGAAGAGUUCCUCAAAAGGAAACCCAACCGACCUGUCCAGAGGAGUUCCAGACUGAGACACUCGCUGAUAUUCAGUUCAAAUCUGGAGUUGCAUACGUCAGAAGAGAUGAAAGAUACUGCUGGAGAAAAAGAUGGGGAUGAAGCUUCAAAACUUUCAGCUCGUGUGUCACAAAUCUUAGAUAAAAGGAGGACUGGUUCUCCAUUUCAACCAUUUCAGUGGAGCAAUUUUGUAAAGUCAGCCACAUUUGAUAACCCCGAGUCUGCACAACCUGAGAAUGAACUGAACAAAAUGGGUGAAAAUUCUGAUGUAGAUAAGGUUGAAACCUGCCAAAAUAUUCGAAAGAAUUCAUUAAAGGGUGAUCUGCAAGAAAAAGACCUGCCUCAAACAGUUCCUGAAAAAAAUAGCCAAAGGGAUGAAUGUCCAUCUAAUUUAUUGCAAAAGCCAUCUUCUUUCAUAGAUAUGAAUGACCCUGACUAUAGACUGAGGUAUUUCAAAGAGUUAGCAGCCAAACGCAAGCUUGCAGCAGCAAAGGCUUCUCAGAGCAAUCCGAUGAAAGCCACCCAAAAGUUUACUCUACCAGAGAAACCUUUAGCUAAUAAUGCAGAUAAAAAAGGGCCUGUUUUCAAGACCCCAGAAACUCCACGCAAGUCAAAAAAUACCCCUGCCACAGUAACAGAGAUCAAAGAAACCUGUAAAGACACCAAAUGUGAGGAAUCGAGUAAAGACAUCCUACAUAGAGCCACUGAUGCUGAAAAAAUUAGAUUUAAGAAAAAACUUGCAAAAGAGUCUGGCUCAACUUUAACAAAUUUCAAGGAAGACAUUGAUCAAGCUCUAAAACCUGUUGAAGUGGCAAGAACAGUAUCUACAGCUAAAGACCAGACACCCCCCAUUUUAAACAUUUUUUCACAAAAGUCGCUCUGUGCCUUACAAAAUCAAGUAGAUUCUGUUGCAUUAGAUACUACCUUAACAGAAUCUGGUCUCAACCAAUAUCAUAUUCCUAAAGAAACAGAUCGCUCCCAUGCCUUUCUGACUGAGAGUUGUCUGCCUGUAAAGUUACCACAGACAAAGUGUGUGUCACCACUAUGCUCCACUCCAAAUGAGGGAAGUCUAUCUGCAAAAGACUCACAGAGCCUACCCAAUAUUUCUAGCACAUGUUCUGAUACUUUGCCUCUUGAUUCUAAUUCAGCAGCAAACCUUGCAAUUGUAGAUACUUGUGUACCUUCAAAGAAUGACCACAAAGAUACAGUUCCCUCCCCAGCAUUUUCUACAACUGGAAUUAGUUCCACCGAACACCCCACUGCAAUAAAGGCAGACUCUUCUCAACACCUCAGUGAAACUGGGGCAGAUUUUUCUAGACACUUCACCGCAGUAGGGGCUAAACCAUCUACAGCAGAAAAUGUGCAUUCCCAACACCACUCUGCAACAGAGAAAAACUCUUCUCAACAGCAUACUUUAAUGGAAGCAGACUCUUCCAUACCACCCACUACCACAGAAAGUGAACCCUUACAAAAAUCUACUUCAACAGAGGCAGACCAUUCUCAACACACUCCUGCAUCUAAAACAGACUGUUUUCAACAGCCUACUGCAGUGAGGAAAGACUUUUCCCUGCACCCCACUGCUACAGAAUGUGGAACUUCACAAAACGUCCCUAUUACAACAGAAACUGAUUCUUUCCAACAGCCAACUGCAGCAGAAAGUGAAUCGUCAUAUCACUUCACUACAAUUAAAGCAGCCUCUUUUCAACAGCCUACUGAGACAGGAGAAGACUCUUCUCAGCCCCCCAUUAAAACUAGGACAGACUAUUGCCAACAAUCCAGUGGAGCAGAAAGCGAAUACUCUGCAAAACACACUGCAGUGCAGACAGACCCUACUACAGCAAGAAAUAAAUCAUCCCAACAGUACUGUCCAGUAUCCUCAGACUUUUCCAAACAUCCCCCUGCAGUGGGGGCAGACACUUCAGAACACCUCACUGCAGCAGAGAUGGACUCUUCUCAGCUGUCUGCUGCAUCUGUGGAAGACUCUAUGCAACACCACGUGGCAAAAAAAAGUAAACAUUCCCUAAAACCCACUGCAUCAGGUACACAACCCUUCAUGCAGCCAAAUGCUUCUGCUGAAGCCUCUUCACAACAUUCCAGUGCAAUGGAGACAGACUCCUCCCAGCAGGCCACUGCGACAGCCACAGACUCUUCUCAACACCCCACUGCAACAGCCACUGAUUCUUCUCAGCAACCCAUUGCAAAGGAGACAGACUCUUCUCAAAAGCCUAUCGCAAUGGAGACAGACACUUCUCAGCAGUCCACUGCAUCAAUGGUAGACACCAUCAAAGAGCUAAGUGCAUCCGAGGCAGACACUCCCCAGUCCCACACUGCAACAAAAAGUGUCCUUUCCACAGAACAUUCCAAACAAUUACCUUUAUUGGGGGCAGGCUCUUCUCAACAGCCCACUGCCACAACCAAAGGUUCUACCCAGCAGCCCACUGCAACAGUCACAGACUCUUCCCAGCAGCCCGCUGCAAAAGAGAUAGGCUCUUCCAGGAAGCCGGCUGCAGCAGACAAAGACUCCUCCCAGAAGUCCACUUCAACAGACACAGACUCUUCUCAGCAGCCCACUGUAACAGUCACAGACUCUUCAGACACAGACUGUUUCCAGCAGCCCACUGCAACAGUCACUGACUCUUCAGACACAGACUCUUCCCAGCAGCCUACUAUAACAGUCACAGACUCUUCAGGCACAGACUCGUCCCAGCAACCCACUGCAACAGUCACAGACUCUUCAGACACAGACUCUUCCCAGCAGCCCACUGCAGCAGAGAUAGACUCUUCCAGAGGGCCCACUGCAGCAGACACAGACUCCUCCCAGAAAUCCACUUCAGCAGGCACAGACUCUUCCCAGCAGCCCGCUGCAACAGAGACAGACUCUUCCCAAGAGUCCACUGUAAAAGACACAGACUCUUUCCAGCAGCCCAUUGCAACAGAGGUAGACUCUUCCCGAGAGCCCACUGCAGCAGACACAGACUCCUCCCAAACAUCCACUACAACAAAAACAGAUUCUUCCCCUGAGCCCACUGCAGCAGUCACAGACACUUCCCAGAAGUCCACUUCAGCAGGCACAGACUCUUCAGACACAGACUCUUCUCAACGGCCCACUGUAACAGUCACAGACUCUUCAGACACAGACUCUUCCCAGCAGCCCACUGCAAUAGUUACAGACUCUUCAGACACCGACUCUUUCCAGCAGCCUACUAUAACAGUCACAGACUCUUCAGGCACAGACUUGUCCCAGCAACCCACUGCAACAGUCACAGACUCUUCAGACACAGACUCUUCCCAGCAGCCCACUGCAGCAGAGAUAGACUCUUCCAGAGGGCCCACUGCAGCGGACACAGACUCCUCCCAAAAGUCCACUUCAGCAGGCACAGAGUCUUCCCAGCAGCCGGCUGCAACAGAGACAGACUCUUCCCAAGAGUCCACUGUAAAAGACACAGACUCUUUCCAGCAGCCCAUUGCAACAGAGGUAGACUCUUCCCGAGAGCCCACUGCAGCAGACACAGACUCCUCCCAGACAUCCACUGCAACAGAAACAGACUCUUUCCAGCAGCCUACUAUAACAGUCACAGACUCUUCAGGCACAGACUUGUCCCAGCAACCCACUGCAACAGUCACAGACUCUUCAGACACAGACUCUUCCCAGCAGCCCACUGCAGCAGAGAUAGACUCUUCCAGAGGGCCCACUGCAGCGGACACAGACUCCUCCCAAAAGUCCACUUCAGCAGGCACAGAGUCUUCCCAGCAGCCGGCUGCAACAGAGACAGACUCUUCCCAAGAGUCCACUGUAAAAGACACAGACUCUUUCCAGCAGCCCAUUGCAACAGAGGUAGACUCUUCCCGAGAGCCCACUGCAGCAGACACAGACUCCUCCCAGACAUCCACUGCAACAGAAACAGAUUCUUCCCCUGAGCCCACUGAAGCAGUCACAGACACUUCCCAGAAGUCCACUUCAACAGUCACAGACUCUUCCCAGCAGCCCUCUGCAACAGAGACAGAUUCUUCCCCUGAGGCCUCUGCAGCAGUCACAGACACUUCCCAGAAGUCCACUGCAACAGAAAUAGAUUCUUCCCCUGAGCCCACAGCAACAGUCACAGACUCUUCUCAGCAUUCCACUGUAACAGACACAGACUCUUCACAACAGCCCACUGCUAGAGUCACAGACUCUUCAGACACAGACUCUUCCCAGCAGCCUGCUGCAACAACCACAAACUACUUCCAGCAGUCUUUUGCAACAGAGACAGACUCCUCCCAGCAGCCCGCUGCAAAAGAGACAGACUCUUCCCAGACACACACUGUAACAGCCACAGACUCUUUCCAGCUGUCCAUUCCAACAGAGACUGACUUGUCCCAGCAGCUCACUAUAACAGAAAGUGGAUUUUCCCAAAAUCCCACCAAAAUGGAGACAGACACUUCCAAACAUCCUAUUAAAACAGAAAAUGAAUCCCUUCAAGACAUCACUGCAAAAAAAUCUGACUGUGUGAAUGAGAAAAAAGAUGAUAACUUAUCCGAAGCCUUUAGCAAACUAAUACCCAUUCUAGAGGCUAACAUUACUCAAAAAGACAAUAGCAUAUCUCAAAAUGCAGUUAUCACAGACUUAAGUUCCCCAGCUGAACAUUCACAAUCUGAUACUGUUACACCUUGUGAUAGCCAAGUGGAACUAAACCAAACACAAGCAUGUAUAACUCAUACAGUAAAAGACACAGACAAUGGUGCUUUAACUAGUCUUGAUUCAAUGGAGGUGAGCUCAACACAUCCUCAAGGUUCACCAGAACCUUGCCUGUUCUCGGAUGAGAUCAACUCAACUCAGGGAAUAACACAAUUACAAUCUAGCUUAUCAUCAAAUCCUAUGGAAUCUAGCUGUCAAAAAGACUCAAAGCCUGAGAAAACAGAUGAGCGCCAGAAAUCUGACACCAUUACGGAGCAAACUCAGGGUCAUGAUACUUCAGCUAUAGAUGCAGGGCCUCAGAUAGAAGUUUCUACAGCAAUAGACUCUAACGGGGUUGAUAAAAUUAAACAAACAACACCAGAGGUAGAAAACACUGUGACUAAAAUUGCCGAGGUGUCAGAAAAAUCACAUUUGACUGUUCACAGUAAUUCAGAAAAUAAGUCUUCUGUUGCAGAGAAUGCAAAAUCGAUUGUGUCUGCCCAUCAGACAUCUACUGCAAAUGUUAUCUCUUGCAGCAACCUUAGAGAUGACACUAAAGUUCUUUUAGAGCAAAUUUCAGCAAAGAACCAAAGCAGAUCUUCCCUGUCCAAGCAGACUCUUGCUGCACCCAAUGAAGCCAAAAAGGUUGAGGUUAGCUCUGCAGAUAAAUUGUUCUCAAGUUAUUCAGGAAGGUCCUGGUCCUCCAAGACUACACCAGAAGAGCGGGAGAUGUUACUACAAAAGAUGGAGCAAAUGCGUAAAGAGAGGAAGGUCUACAGCCGUUUUGAAGCCUCAUGAAUUAACCCAUUGGAAGAGGGGCUCCACUGAUGAACAAUAAGAGGGAAGCGAUUUUGCCAGAUCUUUUCUUUCUUAAAGUCUUACCUCAUAACUGUGAACCUGCACAAACUUGGAUUGAAGUGUCUUAUAACUUCUGAUUAUACCAAAGAGUGCUGCCUAUAUUGAGAGAGUGGAAAUCCCUGCAGGGCUUAACAAGUUAUGCAGAUGAUCUGCAUGACAGGAACUUUACCAGCUGGAAUAAGCUUUUGAUAGGACAGGUAUUUCUUAGUGUGUAUAUAAAUAAUAGAGCUGUGAAACACAUUUCUAAAUCUAGUGUAGUUAUUGGGAGUUCUAUAUCUAGAAAUUAUGAUCUGUUAUAAAUACUGUAAAUAGAGAGUUGUUUACCUAACAAAAACAAGGAGUUCCUUAAAAAUGGAGCUGCCAGAGACAGAGCAUGUGAGCGAUGUGGAGUGGGGGAGGAGUUGCAUGAUAUUGCCAGGAGCAAGGAGCAGGUUUUCUGAAAGUCUCCAAUAUCGUUCUGAUACUGCUCCAUCAUGUUAACAGAGUCAGACUAUUGUUCGUGUUUCAAUACAGCAUUCAACUUUUCUCCAAGUAUUUUUUCAUUUAAUAUUGGUAUUUUGUGCCCAGAUGUUUUUCAUUGAUAUUAAAAGCCAACACUGAAAGAACUUCAUAGUGGAUCAGUAACUGGCCACACAUUUUUCUAUGUAGUGAACUUGAAGCAGUGAGCAGCAGGAAACGGAAAACAUGGAACAAAGUGGAGCUGGAGCAAAAUGAUCACAGGAUGCGAAAUUGUUCAGUCAUAUGGUCUGGCGAGAGAAUAGAAAAGGACAUUCCACUAGAAGAUUAAUUUAAGUGUUUACUAGUCCAUCAGUUGAUUGUGUAAACCAAAGGUAUUGCACUGUAAAAUACAUUCUGUUGGUGUUGAUGCACAAUGGAAACUCCUAAAGCAUGUUUUUGAGUCCACGUAACAUAUUAAUGAGGAUAACAUGCAGCACGUUUUACUAAAAGGAGUUUCUCAAUAUACCAAAUCGAUACAAAAAUGUGCAAUAUUAUGAAUUUAGGAUGAAAUACUGAUUUAUUUAAAUUGUGAAAUAUGUUUGUCAACAUUUGUCAGUGUAUUAAGGCUUGCAUCUGUUUUUGAUGGAGGUUCUCAUAAGCUACAUGUGUAGAGAACCAAUAUGUUCCCACCUGUUCCAAAAGUUGUAUGUUUGAAUCAUGUUUAGAGCAAAAUGAGUAAUACUACAAUGAUAUAAACUAAAAUAAAACUAGAACAUAAGACAUGUUCUUCAAAUAUUAAUAUCUCAAACGUGUGUUAUUUGCUUUUGUCGGAACAGUUACGAAACAAAAUGCUCAGUGGGAAGGAAUUUAUCACACAGACGGAAAAAAAAUGUGUUUAUUAAUCUUCUGAUGAAAGAAUAGUUUACACAAUGUCUGUUUUUUGUUAAAUCUGUAAUCAUUCCCCUUUGGUACCAUUAUGGGUGUUUUAUAUGGGAACAAAUUGAUAGUUGACUCAAAAAUAAAAAUUCUGUUAUCAUUUACC